UUAAAAAAAAAAAAAAAAAAAACCUACUUCUUUUGUGUAUUUCGAAAUAGAAGUAUCAUCUUUAGCUCAAUAUUAAUAUUAAUAUUAAUAAUACUACCAUUUAUGGCCCUAAAUUCAAAUUGUUAGUUAGCUUAUAAUGAUUGAAUGUGGAAGAAGCAUAAUUUGAAAAUCUGAGGCAAUGCGCGGGAGUUCCCAUUUCAGGAAGUUCCACGGAAGCUGUUCACGUUCGCUCCAAACCCAACCUAUCGGCGGCAACAAACUCCUAGACACCAACAUUUCAACUUCCAAACCAAUCCCAUCGAAGAAAACAUUGACCCAGAAGCACCAUCCCAACAACAAGCUUUCCAGCCCAUCAGAAGCCGACAUUGUCAAAUGGAACAUGGCCAUCACGACCCACAUGCGCGACGGCCGAUGCGAGGCUGCCCUUCGUGUCUUCAACACCAUGCCCCGUCGCAGUUCGGUCAGCUACAACACCAUGAUAUCUGGGUACUUGUCCAAUGACAAGUUUGAUCUUGCUAGAGAUAUGUUUGACAAAAUGCCUGAGAAAGAUUUGGUUUCGUGGAAUGUUAUGCUUAGUGGGUUUGUGAGGUAUAGGGAUCUUGGUGCAGCACGUUUGUUGUUCGAACGGAUGCCUGAAAGGGAUGUCGUUUCCUGGAAUGCUAUGUUAUCGGGUUAUGCUCACAAUGGGUAUGUCGAUGAGGCCAGGAAGAUUUUUGAGAUGAUGCCUUAUAGGAAUGGGAUAUCAUGGAAUGGGUUGCUUGCAGCCUAUGUGCAGAAUGGAAGGAUAGAGGAUGCUCGUAGAUUGUUCGAGUCAAAAGCGGACUGGGAAGUGGUUUCUUGGAAUUGUUUAAUGGGUGGGUAUGUAAAGAAGAAGAGUUUAGUUUAUGCCAGACAGCUUUUUGAUCGAAUGCCUUUGAGGGAUAAAGUUUCGUGGAAUACCAUGAUUACAGGUUAUGCCCAAAAUGGGGAAAUGUCUGAGGCAAGGAGAUUGUUUGAGGAGUCUCCUAUACGAGAUGUGUUUGCAUGGACAGCAAUGGUGUCAGGUUAUGUGCAGAAUGGAAUGUUGGAUGAAGCAAGAAGAAUUUUUGAUGAAAUGCCAGAAAAGAAUUCUGUUUCGUGGAAUGCAAUGAUUGCAGGCUAUGUUCAAUAUAAGAGAAUGGACAUGGCAAGGGAAUUGUUCGAGGCAAUACCUUGUCGUAAUGUCAGUUCUUGGAAUACAAUGAUCACUGGCUACUCUCAGAAUAAUGAUAUUGCUUAUGCUAGAGUUAUUUUUGAUAGAAUGCCUCAUCGUGAUUCCAUCUCUUGGGCAGCUAUUAUUGCUGGCUAUGCUCAAAAUGGUCAAAGUGAAGAGGCUUUGCAUCUUUUUCUGGAAAUGAAAAGAGAAGGUGAAAGGUUGACUAGGUCUUGUUUUACCUGUGCUUUGAGCACUUGUGCUGAUAUUGCUGCCUUAGAGACAGGGAAGCAAUUGCAUGGACGAGUGGUAAAAGUAGGAUAUGAAACUGGAUGCUAUGUAGGAAAUGCACUCCUUGUUAUGUAUUGUAAGUGUGGAAGCAUAGAGGAGGCAUAUGGUGUGUUCAAAGGGAUAGCAGAAAAAGAUGUUGUCUCGUGGAACACAAUGAUUGCUGGCUAUGCAAGGCAUGGAUAUGGUAAAGAGGCACUUGAUGUUUUUGAGUCAAUGAAGGCAGCAGGAAUCAAGCCAGACGAUGUCACAUUGGUAGGUGUAUUGUCUGCUUGUAGUCAUACUGGUCUGGUAGAGAGAGGCACAAAAUGCUUUUACGCAAUGAAUCAGGAUUAUGGCAUAACUGCAAAUUCGAAACAUUACACAUGCAUGAUUGAUCUCUUAGGUCGAGCUGGGCGCCUGGAUGAGGCCCAAAAGUUAAUGAGAAGUAUGCCCUUUGAACCAGAUGCUGCAACAUGGGGAGCUCUACUUGGUGCAAGCAGGAUUCAUGGAAAUACUGAAUUAGGUGAAAAGGCAGCAGAGAUGAUUUUUGAGAUGGAGCCUGAAAAUGCAGGUAUGUAUGUCCUUCUCUCAAAUUUAUAUGCAGCUUCCAGCAGAUGGAGUGAUGUUGGUAAGAUGAGAUUGAAAAUGAAGGAUAAGGGAGUGAAGAAAGUACCUGGAUAUAGUUGGGUUGAAGCACAAAACAAAAUUCAUACGUUUUCGGUUGGGGAUUCUGUACACCCGGAGAAGGAUAAGAUAUAUGCCUUCUUAGAAGAAUUGGAUUUGAAAAUGAAGCUGGAUGGGUAUGUUUCUUCUACAAAGUUGGUUCUACAUGAUGUGGAAGAAGAGGAGAAAGAACACAUGCUCAAAUAUCACAGUGAGAAAUUGGCUGUUGCAUAUGCAAUUUUGUCAAUACCAGCUGGCAGACCCAUCCGUGUUAUAAAGAACUUACGGGUGUGUGAAGACUGUCACAAUGCCAUCAAACACAUAUCGAAGAUUGUGGGAAGGUUGAUAAUUGUAAGGGACUCUAACCGUUUUCACCACUUCAGCGAGGGUUCAUGUUCUUGUGGAGAUUACUGGUGAGAGUGGUGCAGAUGUGAGAGUGGUGAAGUUUACUCUGCAAAAAAACCAAAGGUUUUUUCCUGCAGUCUAGUCUCUGGACUUCAUAUUGGUUGGAAUUUCUUUUCACUUAUGAAGAAGUCAAGUUAUAUUCUGCAGAAAAUGUUGUUAUUUGAUGAUUAAGAGCUGUGUUCUUGGAAAACAAAGUACAGUUAAAUCUGAAUGUGAAUCAACAAAAGGUGUGGGGGAAAAGUGAAUCAUAAAAUGAAGAGCAGAAGAUCAGCUGAUUAGGAAGGAGAAGAUCCAAAUUGUUUUCUUGGAGGCCAUGUCAUAUUCUACAAAAAGCAGCCAUGUCAAUGUAUCAUAUAUUGCUCUCAACAUGAUCAAAAGCGGAUUUUGGUCUCUAAUGAUUAAUAUACCCUUAUUAUUUAUUGCUUGAGAAAAUACCAGUUGAGAAGCGAGAUAUUGAAGCUGAAAACUCAAAGUGACCAAGUCGUAUAACUCCCAAAAAUAAAUAAUUUCUUAUGCCAAAUGCAUCAUUGAAUGUCUCCACACUGCCGCUGUUCAACCGGCACGUUAACAGAUGCAGGUGCUUCAUGUGAAACCGUGGACCAGAUCUGUUCAGUGGUCCUAAGAUGUGUCAUAUUCUUUUGUUUUUUUCCCCCCUUUUUUUGAAAAAUGUAAUUUAAAUAAGAUUAUAAUGUCUAAAGAUUUAAAAAGGCAUCAUACCAUCUGCUAAAGAUGUGAGAAUCAGAUUAUACUGCAUCAUGCAGCAUACUUGUAAAUGUAUACAUAUACUUCAUAAAUUUUGCACUACAAAAUAAUGCUUCUUCAUUCUA